CAGGCGCAGAGCUGGCAAAAUACUGCAGCCACGCAUCUCUGCAAGCAGCACGCUGCCGCAGCGAUGGCCAAACUACAAAAAAACGCACAACUCUGGGUGCUGGUGGUCGUAGUCCUCCUCGAUCUACUCGCAGUCUCCUUGGUCGUGCCGCUAUUGCCAGCGCGGUAUCGAGAAUUAGGCGUCGGCGCGAAAGCGCUCGGAUUCGCGAGCUCCGCCUACUCAUUGGCGCAAAUCGUCGGCGGCCUCGCACUCGGGGCGCUCUCGGACCGGUCGCUCGGCCACCGCGGCCUCUUAUUGCUCUCCUUCGUCGGCGCGGCCACGGCGUAUGCCAUCGUUGGCUGGCCCGGCGCGACGUUCUAUACGCUCGUGGGGUCGCGCGUCGUCGUGGGGCUGUGCAAGCAGACGAUGACGGCGUCGACGGCGCUGGUUGCUGAGCUGACCUGUGUGGAAUUCAACCAGUGAGUUAAGUAUACCUGGGGCGCCGGAAAUUUGAUUUCCCCACAGGAACUGACCGCGCCCGGUCCCGAGCGCGCGACGUGGGUCGGGAGGAUAUCUUCGGCCUCCCAGGCGUCGUGGCUCGUGGGCCAAUCCAUAGGCGCGUAUCUCAACCGGUUCGGCGACCCGCGAGUCCCGUCGGCGGUCGCGGUCGGCCUCUACGUCGUCUGUUUCGUCGUCGCGUCGGCGACGCUGCCCACAGGGCACAUAACACAAAAAAAGACGAUGAAGCGGCAAGAUACGACGUCCGUCCUCACUGCGUCGCGCGCCGUCGCGGCCACCGCGGGCGCACGGCUCGCCGUGGCCUUCGCCAUGCGAGCGGCCAUGGUCACGCGGCAGGUCUAUGAACUGGAAAGGUGGGACCUCUCGCGCUCCGACUACGCGAGCUUUGGGCUGUUUAAAUCAAUCACGGGCAUCGCCGCGUCGUGGGGCCUUGCCGGCCCGCUCUCGCGGCGGUUCUGCCAGGGCUGCGGCACGGAACACCUCGUGAAGGGCGCCGCCGCUGUCGCCGUGGUCGCGGCGCUGGCCGAGGCAGCGCCGUGGCCACGAUCACCCACUGGCGUCGAGGGCAUCGCAGCCAAAGCGCUCGCGGACCCGUCGCUCCUCGUCUACGCUUGUGUGAUUUUUCCGCUUAAGACCGCUGCGGGGCAAGUCGCCACGAUAGCGCUGCGCGCCCGUUUCACGGAGGUCGUGCCCGCAUCAGAUACGGCCGGCGCGCUGGCGGCGCUCGACGUGGCAUCGAGCGCGAUCGGCGUCGCCGCACCGAUUGUCGGCGGCUUCGCCUUCGACGGCGUACCGGUUCCAAGGCAGCCUUUGGUAGCCGCAACGUUCUACGGUGCGGCUUUGUUCGCAAUACUUGCGUUGUUCGCGUUCGAAAAACGACCAGCCGGGACGAAGAAGGAAGACUAA